AUGUGUGUUCAAUUUACUACAGGUUUGGGGGCUAGACCAAAACAAGCUAAAACAAUUGCUAUUCAACGUUGUAUAGAUAAUCUUGGUGAACGAUAUUAUGAUGGUGCUAUAACUGCUAUGGAAUACUUAGACAGUUUGUCAUUUACAGUUGCUAAGCAAAAAAAAUGAUACAUAAUCGAUUUUUUUUCAUUAUCUACAGUCAAGGACAAAAGUUUAAGCGAUCUGCAUUUGUCCUUUCUCUUGUUCUGCGUCUAUCUCAGUCCAAGUAAGUCGAACCCCUUUUGUUCACCCACCAUCUUGUGCAGUUUUCGACGCUUUUUCUAACGGUGGGUGAAUUAGGGAGAUUU